UCCUGAAUAGCUCUUAGAUCAGACAGAGCGGUGCCUGUGUCUCUGUACUUCCUCGCUGAGCAAGCCAGGACUGACUGCUCCCUGCCUCCUCCAACUCUUACCUCCCUGGAGCUGGUGCCAUGCAGUUGCAGGAGGCACCCCGCCGGCCCUCAGCUGUGCACUUCCUCAGCUCCUUCCUGCAGGGCCGCAGGCACUCCACUUCUGACCCAGUCCUCAGGCUACAGCAGGCCCGGCGUGGCUCUGGCUCUGGCUUUGGCUCUGCCACAAAGCUGCUGUCCUCGUCCUCUCUCCAGGUGAUGGUGGCUGUGUCCUCCGUCAGCCGUGCAGAAGGGAACCCAACUUUUCCUGAGAGAAAAAGUAAAGGAAAUUCAGGACGUCCAACACCGAAGUACACAAAAGUGGGAGAGCGUUUAAGGCAUGUCAUCCCUGGACACAUGGCAUGCUCCAUGGCAUGUGGCGGGAGGUCAUGCAAGUACGAGAACCCAGCCCGCUGGAGCGAGCAGGAGCAAGCCAUUAAGGGGGUUUACUCGUCUUGGGUCACUGACAAUAUCUUGGCCAUGGCUCGCCCAUCCUCUGAGCUCCUGGAGAAGUACCACAUCAUUGAGCAGUUCCUCAGUCAUGGCAUAAAAACAAUCAUCAAUCUGCAGCGCCCUGGUGAGCAUGCUAGCUGUGGGAACUCUCUGGAACAAGAAAGUGGCUUCACAUACCUUCCUGAAGCUUUCAUGGAAGCUGGCAUUUAUUUCUACAAUUUUGGAUGGAAGGAUUAUGGUGUGGCAUCUCUUACUGCCAUCUUAGAUAUGGUGAAGGUGAUGACAUUUGCCUUACAGGAAGGAAAAGUAGCCAUCCAUUGUCAUGCAGGGCUUGGCCGAACAGGUGUCUUGAUAGCCUGUUAUUUAGUUUUUGCAACAAGAAUGACUGCCGACCAAGCGAUUAUAUUUGUGCGGGCAAAGCGACCCAAUUCCAUACAAACCAGAGGACAGCUGCUCUGUGUCCGAGAGUUUACUCAGUUUCUGACUCCCCUCCGCAAUAUCUUCGCUUGCUGUGAUCCCAAGGCACAUGCUGUCACCUUAGCCCAAUACCUAAUUCGUCAGCGUCAUCUGCUUCAUGGUUAUGAGGCACGACUUCUGAAACAUGUGCCAAAAAUCAUCCACCUAGUGUGCAAAUUGCUGCUGGACUUGGCUGAGAACCGGCCAAUGGUGAUGAAGGACAUGUUGGAAGGACCUGGACUCUCUGCUGAAAUUGAAAAGACUGUGUCUGAGAUGGUCACAAUGCGGCUGGAUAAAGAGUUACUGAGGCACAACAGCGAUGCCUCUGACCCGUUCAGCCCCCCUGCAGUGGCAGUGGAGUUUGAGAAUCAGGAUGUGAUUGUUCCUAAUGAGCACGAGUUUGACCCUCUUUGGAAAAGGCGGAACGUUGAGUGCCUUCAGCCCCUGACUCAUCUGAAAAGGAGGUUCAGCUACAGUGACUCAGACCUAAAGAGGGCCGAGGCUCUCCUGGAGCAAGGGGAGACUCCGUGGACUGUGCCUGCCCAGGAUUUGCUGUGCCACAGCCUCCAGCUGCAGAAGCCUGUCAGCCAUUGUUACAUCACACCAUCUCCAGAGCUAGGUUUAAAUAAGGAAGCAUUGGUUCGCAGUACAUUUUCUUUCUGGAAUCAGUCUAAAUGUGGAGGCUUGGAAGGACUCAAGGAUGAUGGAUCGCCACUUUUCUAUAGGAAGCACACUGCAAAAGAAAUACAACGGAGUAGAACCUUCUCUGUGGGCAUCUGUUCACAUAACCCUGGGGAACUAGUCACACCCAACUUUGCAAAUGUCCCCAAAGAUCCAAACCCUUCUCACCAGCAAGUGCCCCACUGUCAUUGUGAACCUUGUGGUGGUUGGGACCGAAGUUCUGUUGAGGAGGAGGGCAGGACUCCCUACAGCACUCCAGACGGUGGCUCCACGCCUAAGACACAGUUCCUAUUUGGACACGAAACCCAGGACAACAAAUCCCUAUCUGAGCCUGAAUUGAGUGUCGAAGCAAGGAGAAUACUGGCAGCCAAAGCCCUCGCGAAUUUAAAUGAGUUUGUAGAAAAAGAAGAAGUGAAAAAGAAAGUAGAAAUGUGGCAGAAAGAACUAAAUUCCCGAGAUGGAGCUUGGGAGAGAAUAUGUGGUGAGAGAGACCCUUUCAUUCUGUGUGAUUUGAUGUGGUCUUGGGUGGAGCAACUGAAGGAACCUGUUAUCACCAAAGAGGAUAUGGACAUGUUGGUUGACAGGCAAGCGGAUGCCGCUGAAGCCCUGUUCUUAUUAGAGAAGGGCCAGCAUCAGACUAUCCUUUGCGUGCUGCACUGCAUAGUGAGCCUGCAGAGCAUUCCCGUGGAGGUAGAGGACGCUUGCCUUGCCCGUGCUAUUAAAGCCUUCACUAAGGUUAAUUUUGACUCUGAAAAUGGACCAACAGUUUACAACACCCUGAAGAAAAUAUUUAAGCACACAUUGGAAGAAAAAAGAAAAAUGGCAAAAGACAGCCCCAAGCCCAGCCUCUUGUGAAGCUGACUUUCUCCUUGUGAUGCAUAUUUCAGACCUAAAUUUCCAGAUACCAUCUCUGUUUAUAUGUAAACAA